AUGGCAGAAGUAGCAGGGCUAGUCGUUGGAGGCGCUGGUCUUUUGACCUUGUUCUCAACUUGCUUGGAAUUGGCCGAACAGAUCCAAAGCGCCCGAAGCGUGGGCGACGACUACGAAGAAGCAUGCACGCAGCUUAUGUUUCUAGCCGACCGGCUGAAGAGGUGUCAAAAGCAGCAGGCCUCUCGAGAACUCAAUCCAACGCCUGAACACGAAUCACAAAGGGUGCUUGUAGCCCGUGCCUUAUGCCACAUCGAAAAGCUCCUACAAAAGAUCGAACCACUUCAUAACAGAUACGGAAACUUCACCAACGAUGUACCAUCGAGCCGCCUCUGUGCCAUCGAAGCCGUUGGCACUAGCCUUGAACAAACGAGGCAGACAUUGAGUCACACGUCUUCCCAGAGGCAGCGAAGACUACCUCUGCAAAAUAAGAUAUCAUGGGCUUUGCACAACAAGAAGCUUCUGACGGAUUGCAUCGAGCGUAUUGGCUUCUUUGUGGCAGAACUGGAGAAGCUUUUCGAAGAUAGAGAUCUCGAGGGUGGACAAUCCGUUUCUGGUACCACAGGCGGUGGGAUGCAAGGUCAACUGGACACCUCUGGAGAAGACACCAGUCAUUCGGACACUGUCAACCUAGAUGGGACUUUGCAACCACGACUGAUAUCGAAUCUCGAUGGCCAUGUCUUCCACAACAACAAGAUCGGCGGCAGGGCUCGUGUAGCCCAAGGUGACCUUGGAUGGAAUCUUCCUCGCAACACGAGAAGAAACUUGUACGCUGGGAAUACCAUGACAGGCGAGGCAAAGGUACUCCAAGGUAAUGUGUUGGGCGUCGACCUUGAUGCUUUUUGGAACGGCUGA